AUGUCUAUACCACCAGAAGAGGUGACGCCGUCAUCCACAACGCCCAUAACUCAUCCCGCACCGAACAAGGUUGAUAAUGAGACCAUUAAAAUCACCUUAUUGCUCGUGAGCGGGAAGAGGAGUGAUUUAGUCGUUUCGCCAUCUGAUACUGUCGAGGCUAUAAAGAGGAGGAUAUUUGAGAAUUGGCCCAAAGAAUGGAGUGAAGAACUACCUGAAUCUCCGGCUCAAUUAAGGCUGCUUCUUAGAGGGAAAUUCUUAGAACCAAAUUCGACUAUGGAAGGAAACAAGAUACCUACAGGCCAAACAACAACAGUUCAUCUUAUUAUAAAGUCUGCUGCAUCAAGUGAAGGCACAGCUGAAAAGGCCAAGAAUCUCGAUCAUGCAGGCAGCUGUCGCUGUACCAUAAUGUGA